GGAGAGGCGCCCAGGGUAGCACUGCGCGGCCCUCGACGGCUGGGGACCGAGGAGCAGAUUCCUGAACCCCCGGGGGAGGAGAGGCUGGGGGUCGCGGUUCCUGGGUUCUCACUGUGAACCCCUGCCCCUCCCCCAGACCAUGUCGCCCGAAGAAUGGACGUAUCUAGUGGUUCUUCUUAUCUCCAUCCCCAUCGGCUUCCUCUUUAAGAAAGCUGGACCUGGGCUGAAGAGAUGGGGGGCAGCAGCUGUGGGCCUGGGGCUCACCUUGUUCACCUGCGGCCCCCACACUCUGCACUCUCUGAUCACUGUCCUUGGGACCUGGGCCCUCAUUCAGGCCCAGCCCUGCUCCUGCCACGCCCUGGCCCUAGCCUGGACCUUCUCCUACCUCCUGUUCUUCCGAGCGCUCAGCCUGCUGGGCCUGCCCACUCCCACGCCCUUCACCAAUGCCGUCCAGCUGCUGCUGACACUGAAGCUGGUGAGUCUGGCUAGUGAGGUACAGGACCUGCACCUGGCCCAGAGGAAGGAAAUGGCCUUGGGCUUCAGCAAGGGGCCCAGCCUGGGACUGCUGCCUGACGUCCCCUCCCUGAUGGAGACACUCAGCUACAGCUACUGCUACGUGGGAAUCAUGACAGGCCCGUUCUUCCGCUACCGCACGUACCUGGACUGGCUGGAGCAGCCGUUCCCGGGCGCCGUGCCCAGCCUGCGGCCCCUGCUGCGCCGUGCCUGGCCGGCGCCGCUCUUCGGGCUGCUCUUCCUGCUCUCCUCGCACCUCUUCCCGCUGGAGGCCGUGCGCGAGGACGCCUUCUACGCCCGCCCGCUGCCCGCCCGCCUCUUCUACAUGAUCCCCGUCUUCUUCGCCUUCCGCAUGCGCUUCUACGUGGCCUGGAUUGCGGCCGAGUGUGGCUGCAUUGCCGCCGGCUUCGGGGCCUACCCCGUGGCCGCCAAAGCCCGGGCCGGGGGCGGCCCCACCCUCCAAUGCCCACCCCCCAGCAGUCUGGAGGAGGCGGCUGCCCUGGAGUACGACUAUGAGACCAUCCGCAACAUCAACUGCUACCGCACAGACUUCUGCAUGCGGGUGCGGGAGGGCAUGCGGUACUGGAACAUGACGGUGCAGUGGUGGCUGGCACAGUAUGUCUACAAGAGUGCGCCCACCAGCUCCUAUGUUCUCAGGAGCGCCUGGACCAUGCUGCUGAGUGCCUACUGGCAUGGCCUCCACCCUGGCUACUACCUAAGCUUCCUGACCAUCCCGCUGUGCCUGGCAGCUGAGGGCCGGCUGGAGUCGGCACUGAGGUGGCGGCUGGGCCCAGGUGGCCAGCAGGCCUGGGACUGGGCACACUGGUUCCUGAAGAUGCGGGCCUAUGACUACAUGUGUAUGGGCUUCGUGCUGCUCUCCAUGGGUGACACCCUCCGCUACUGGGCCUCCAUCUACUUCUGCAUCCACAUCCUGGCCUUGGUGGCCCUGGGCCUCGGGCUGGCUUUGGGUGGGGGCAGCCCCAGCCGGCGGAAGGCCACGUCCCAGGCUGACGGCCUUGCCCCGGAAAAGCUCCGGGAGGAGUAAGCUGCCGACUCUCCCUCGGUGCAGCUGCCAAGCUUUUGCCUGGGAAUUCUAUGAACCAGGCUGCCACUCGUCUCCCAGAAAGAGCCCUUGCUGGGGCUUGGGGCCUGGGGCCUGGAGCCUGGAGAGGGUUCCCGCUUCCGCUCAGCACCCUGCCUGGCACAGAGCAUAGCCCAAGCUCCCCCUGGCUCCCAAGGCCUUUCCUGCCUGUAAAACACAGACUCUGCCCAGACAAGGCUCCCUUGGUCCCUGCCGAGCUUUCAGGUUUUCAGAGAGCUGGAUGCCCCUGAACAGCAGGGGCCUUGGGGCAAAGUCCCCUUCUCCACCCCACAGUGGGGGAGGAGGCACAGGGUGUGGGGAGCCUGUUCCUGGUGGCUUUUUACUUUUUUGUCAUCACACCAGUGUUUCAGGCCUGGGAGGGUACAUAACCUUCCAUUUCACAAAGGGGAAACUGAGGCACAAGUGAGCAGGCCUGGAGAGCACCGUCCCUGGAGCCACCUCAGGAUCCCAGUGCCCCUGCUACCCUCUUGUCAUCCUGUGGCCUAAGAGGGCGGCAUCAGAAUGUGUGACUCUCCCAAUAAAGUGCUGCACACAGA